AAUACGCUCUAGUGCUGCAUCGAUUGGUACUCCCCAACGAGGCAUUCUCAUAGCCAAGAGUGGUGUGAAGUAUAGUCAAGGCGUAACUCGCUCAGCUGUCCGUCACAUGGCUUCUGUCAAGAUGAGGUCACUCUUGUUGGUUCUCCUGCUAUGUGCAGGUGCUUCAGCGAUGCCAAAGGGACGACGAUUCGUUGCAGCGUUCUUUGAACAACCAUACCAAGCUUCAAGCCUGCCAAACAUGUUCUUUGUCAUUCUGUCUGAGUUCAAUGCCACUGUUCACGUUGAGAGUGGAUUCGGUAUUUCAGAAGAUUUACACAUCCAAGGCAUGGUGGACUACAAGUACAAAGUUGAUGAAAGUUUUUAUUACCAAGCCAACCUACAGGUGACUGACAUGUCAUUCUACUUUACAUCCACUGAGGAAAUAACCUUGUUCUGUUAUCACGUACUUGCUAAUCAAGGAGAAGGAUACCUUGCCUUGCCGAUUGAGACUUUAUCCACGGAAUACAUUGUAGUGACACACAUUGAUAAUCACACAGCUUCUUACCCUGAACUUCCCUACACAAAGGCCACACAGACUGCUUUCCUCAUCAUCGCUACGGAGAACAAUACCCAGGUGGACAUCAGUCUUAAGAUACAAGGACCCCUCAUGGCAGGUGGGUGUGGCAAUGGGACAUUCUUCAAUGGGGAGAGUAGAACAUUUACACUCAACAAGUAUCAGACAGUUGGCGCCUACUGUGCCGAGGACAUUACUGGAACACUGGUAACCAGUGACAAACCCGUGGCUGUGAUUAGUGGGCAUAACAUGAAGUUUACUCCUGGCAUUAAAGAUGGCAUGCAAGAAAUGUUGCUGCCUGUGAAAUCAUUUGGAAGAAGCUUUUACUUUCCAGUACCACCACCUAGUACUGGUGGUGCUAUAUACAGAGUUGUUGGAUCAACAGCGUCGACCUCCGUACGCUCCCCGUCCGUCAGUGGUAUAUCUUUCUCCGUGGGUGCACGGGAGUCGCAUGACAUAACUGUUGAUUCUACCACAGGUCCAGUGUACAUUGAAGCCGAUAAACCAGUCCUGGUUGUGCAGAUGACUAUAGACACCCCGUCACUGGCAGUAGUUCCACCGACUAGUUUAUACUCGAGCUCUUAUGACAUUGGAAAACCCGUUCUUCAUGCUACAUAUGACCUGAAAAAGGUUUAUAUAACAGUCAUUGUUCCCACUGACAAGGUUCUCGGGAUACGACCACAGAUAUUUCCCCAAUUCAAAGUUAUUAAAGGCAGCUGUUUCUCUGAGGCAUCAGUGGAGUUGACAUCACCAGGAUUCUACCGCCUGACCCACGUAGAUGAUGUUCCAUUUGGAGCUAUGAUGUACAUGUUUCCGUUUGUGGACAGUCGGUGUGUAUAUACCCAUCCGGCCGGAAUGAAUCUGACAAAUGAUGUUGAUAAAACCGCGUGUCCCGCCUCGGCAGUGUGUUCGGAUGGGACUCCGUAUCCUUGCUCGUGUACUUCAGGAUAUUUUGAAUACCAAUGUAGUAACACUUCAGGCGGCUGCGCCGUGGACCCAUGCCAGUACUCCAUUGGCUGUACUGAUCUGAAGACCCUCUACCAAUGUGGAUGUGUCAAUGGAACGGGAGGAGCCCAUUGUGAGACCGAUAUUGACGAGUGUGCAACAAACUCAUGUGUGCACGGUACAUGUGUCGACCACGUCAAUAACUACACCUGUGACUGUGAACCUGGGUAUACAGGCAGGAACUGCAGCACAGAUAUUGACGACUGUGCAACAAACCCAUGUGUGCACGGUACAUGUGUCGACCACGUCAAUAACUACACCUGUGACUGUGAACCUGGGUAUACAGACAGGAACUGCAGUACAGGUGAGAAGGCCUUCCCUGUCUCACACAGGUUUUAUUUUCAGUAUUAUAACCCCAUCAGUUCGGACACCAUGCUUCCAGGCGAUUACGACUAUCUGCGACCGAGGACACUAGAGUUCACGAGUAACACAGCACGAGUAUUUCAUCACCAAAUAUAUGAUAAUGGAUUUUAUUCACGAAACAAGAUAGGGUGA